AUGGACGGAGACGUAUGCCCUUUGAAAGAGAUGGUGGGGGUCGUAGAAGAAGUCUUGGGCCCUGAACGAGGAUACAUCGUUAUGGACGAGGCACAUUCUACUGGUGUAUUAGGACCAGAGGGUAGAGGAUUGGUUUGUGAACUAGGCCUAGAGAAACGUAUAUUCGCGCGACUACACACCUUUGGCAAAGCCGUAGCGGCGAACGGAGCAAUCCUUCUCGGCUCAGACACCUUGCGUCAUUACCUCAUCAACUACGCACGUCCGCUCAUCUACACGACAUUCCUAUCCUACCCCUCGCUGGCGCUCAUACGCUCUUCGUACCGGUUACUCCAGUCUGGCCAGAGCUCUUAUUUAUCUCCAAAGACACUCGAAAUCGGCUGGUCAGGCACUCACCAUUCCAAGUGCAUGCCCAAGAUCGCCCAUAUUCGCAGUACAAUUGGCAAAACCGAAAGUCCUGGCGAGCUUUCUGCAGACUCAUGGGAUGAUGGUCCGGGCGGUUGUACCGCCAACAGUGCCGCGGAGGUGAAUAGACUCGUAGAAUUGCUUGGGAAAUGGUGCGAGAGUCAGGCAGAUGAGCAGUCACAAGGUCCUGUACAAGAAGCGGUCGUGCAAGCGAAACUCUAG